CGCAGCUCCGUUGUGUCUAUUAGGGCGGCGGCGGUGGUGGUAUGGCAACGGCAGGCAGCGACCAACGGCGGGCGGCGACCAACGGCGGGGGUGACGCGGGCGCAUCCAACGCGGUGGCGACGACGGCCGUGUCGGGGUCGGCGGUGGCCGGCGACGACACAAGCAGAAUGCCUAUCUUUCAAACUCGUUGGUCGGCAAAGCGGCUGCGCGAAAUAGCCAAUGACAUCAAAGGGAAAAAGAGAGAUGUAAUAAGCAAGUCCAGCUUCGGGGAUUUGCUGUUUAUAUCUCCUUUGGUCCCUCCUCCUGAAGAGCUUCUUGAUUUCAUUAUUAUGAACAUUGACCCUAAGAAUCGUGUGCUGAAGUAUGUGAAGUUGAUUCUCUCACUGAGGAUACAAAUGCAAUCCAAGAGCGCAACCAAGCUAUCGUCUCUUCCCUGUGUAAGCUAGGCACACAGAAUCUCCGCUCUUUGAUUAUUUCGGAUGGGAGCAGCAUCUUACAACAACCUUUGUGUCUGAUUACCCUCAAGAAACUUUUUAUCUGGUCUUCAACCCUCCCACAUGUUCCCAAAUGGAUGGGCUCCCUCAGAAAUCUCCAACAGCUACGCCUUGAAGUGGAAGGAGUCAACCAGGAUGAUCUCUGCAUCCUUGGAGUCUGGACUUUGGAAUCGAGAACCUCCCCUACCUCAGCACUGUCAAAGUCGGUUACUUCGGCAUUGUUGAAGCCGUGAAGAAUGCUAUGGAGAGAGCAGCCAGCACACACCCCAACCACCCUAGUCUACUCUUUCGUAGUUCGUGGAUAUGAUUGGUCUUGAAUGCCAUCUUCGAGUAAAGAAUCCAAAAACAUGGAACUGGGGAGUUACCGCUGCUCCUCAUCUGGCCGUCCGAUUCUCAAGCUUGAGUGUAUUUAGCUCGAUACUUCUCUCUUUUAUGAUAUGUAUAUUCUCUCCGUUGGAUAUUAUGUAUGAGAUCCAUAUUUUACAUUUGACCAAUACUUAGUUGACAACC